AUUUAGCCAUUCACAUUAGCUGUAACGCGCAAGACAUUUAUUAAUCGGUGGCCACCUUAUUGGCUAUAUUGUCAAAAUUUGUAUAUCAAUUAAAAUAAAAUGGUUAAAAAUAGAAUCGCUAUGCUUGAUGUAUCGGAACUAAUGAGACCAGAGCCAACAUUUGCUUCCAAACCUAUUGGACGAUACAGGGAUUAUAACAUAGACCACGAAGAUCCUAUUAAAGAAAGAGUGAGGAUCACAUAUACAGAGAUGCAUACGAAUCAAACAAUAGAUUAUGUAAAAAAAAAAAUGGCUGAAUGGUUGUCUUUCGAUAAAUUUGAGGCUACUAUUAUGGAAACAUUGGAAUCCCUCAACGAUUUAGUGGAUGAAAGCGAUCCUGACGUAGAUAUUCCUAAUAUUGUUCACGCAUUUCAAACAGCUGAGCGUAUACGCGCCAUUCACCCAAACCAUGAUUGGUUUCAUUUGGUUGGUUUGAUACACGAUUUAGGAAAAGUUAUGGCUUUCAAAGGUGAACCUCAGUGGAGUGUGGUUGGUGAUACAUUUCCUGUUGGAUGUGCAUGGGCAAAUUCUAUAGUUUACAGAGACACCACAUUUAACCGGAAUCCAGACACCUAUGAUCCGAGAUACAAUACAACAUUAGGUAUUUAUUCGAAAAAUUGUGGACUAGAUAAUAUCUUAAUGUCUUGGGGACAUGAUGAAUAUUUGUACAGAGUCUUAGUGCAUAACAAAACAACAAUACCUAAAGAAGGACUUAAUAUGAUUAGAUUCCAUUCAUUUUACCCAUGGCACUCAGGUGGUGACUAUGAUUUUUUAUGUUCUGAAGAUGAUUUGGAAAUGAAAAAAUGGGUCUUAGAAUUUAAUAAGUUUGAUUUGUAUACUAAAGGAGGUGUUAUACCAGAUAUAAAAGAAUUGAAGCCAUAUUAUCAAUCAUUGAUUGAUAAAUACAUUCCAGGAUUAAUUAAUUGGUAAAGGUAAUAAAAGGUAUAAAAGUUUAUGAAUAAUAAUAACAUUCUA